AUUGUUGUAUCAGAAUCUUUUUAUUUAUUAUUCAAUAUCUAAUUAAAUUCAGACUAACAACCAAACUGAAAUGGAAAAAGAUAUCUUGUUUAUUUGGUAUCGAGAAGUACAUGUUUAUGACUGUAGUUACGUGGAGCUACAACGAUUCAGAAGUUUGCCUAGCAACACAACUAAAAAGCCCGUGAUCAUAGUAGUAGAAGGGACAGCAAUACCGAUUUGCAAAUUGUAGAUAAAUUGCCAUCUUGCUGUACUUGACGAGAAACAAUGACGAUUGCCCAAAAGUGGAGAAGGAACCAGUUAACAAAAGCACAGCUAGACGCUAUCUUUUGACUCUUUGUCCUCUAUCAAAACAAGGUUCUUCCGCCAACACAAUAGAUGUUACAUUAACCGAAAAGCUUUCCUACAAUAAACAUUUUUAAAAAAACUAUUCCAUUAUUAUUUAUAAUUUUAUAGAAUACAACCUAUUUAGAUUAUUCGGACUCAUUUAUAAGAACAAAGCUACUUAUACCUGCUCGCUACUACGAUGAAGCAACAAGAUACUAAAAAGUAAUCUUACCACUUGCAUGAUAGGAUUUGUCUCAGCCAAGGACAGCUGGCAAGCUCCCAGGUAUAAGCUAUAG